GACAGCCGCCCGCAGUCCAUGCGGAGCUGAACCCCUCGGCGAGAUGCUGGCGCUACUGGCCGCCAGCGUGGCGCUCGCCGUGGCCAUCGCAGCCCAGGACGGCCCGACGCCCGGGAGCCGCUUCGUGUGCACCGCGCUACCCCCGGAGGCGGCGCGCGUUGGCUGCCCGCUGCCCGCGGCGCCCAUGCAGGGCGGCGCGCCGAGCCCAGAGGAGGAGCUGCGGGCCGCGGUGCUGCAGCUGCGGGAAACCGUCGUGCAGCAGAAGGAGACCCUGGGCGCGCAGCGCGAAGCCAUCCACGAGCUGACCGGCAAGCUGGCGCGCUGCGAGGGGCUGGCGCGCAGCAAGGCACCCGGCAGGACUGCCGCGGGCAAGGACGCCACCAUGGGCGACCUACCGCGCGAUCCGGCCCACGUCGUGGAGCAGCUUAGCCGCUCGCUGCAGACUCUUAAGGACCGUCUGGAGAGCCUCGAGCACCAGCUCCGAGGGAACAUGUCGAAUGCUGUGCUCCCCAGUGACUUCCGGGAGGUGCUCCAGAGACGGCUUGGAGAGCUGGAGCGGCAGCUGCUGAGCAAGGUGGCUGAGCUCCAGGACGAGAAAUCUCUGCUCCACAAUGAGACCUCAGCUCACCGGCUAAAGACCGAGAGCACCCUGAAUGCCCUGCUGCAGAGGGUGGCCGAGCUGGAGCGAGGCCAAAGUACAUUUAAGUCGCCUGAUGCCUUCAAAGUGUCUCUCCCGCUCCGCACGAACUACCUGUACGGCAAGAUCAAGAAGACACUACCUGAGUUGUACGCUUUCACCAUCUGCCUGUGGCUGCGGUCCAGUGCCUCGCCAGGCAUUGGCACCCCUUUCUCGUAUGCAGUGCCCGGGCAGGCCAAUGAGAUCGUGCUUAUCGAGUGGGGCAACAACCCUAUUGAGCUGCUCAUCAAUGACAAGGUCACCCAGCUGCCCCUGUUUGUCAGCGAUGGCAAGUGGCACCAUAUCUGUAUCACCUGGACGACUCGGGAUGGUCUGUGGGAGGCCUUCCAGGAUGGGGAGAAGCUGGGCACCGGUGAGAACCUGGCCCCCUGGCACCCCAUCAAGCCGGGGGGAGUGCUGAUCCUCGGCCAGGAACAGGACACAGUUGGGGGCAGGUUUGAUGCCACUCAGGCAUUUGUGGGAGAACUCAGCCAGUUCAACAUAUGGGACCGGGUCCUGCGCGCGCACGAAAUUGUUAACAUCGCUAACUGCUCCACCAACAUGCCGGGCAACAUCAUCCCCUGGGUGGACAACAACGUCGAGGUGUUCGGAGGGGCCUCCAAGUGGCCGGUGGAGACCUGUGAGGAGAGGCUCCUUGACUUAUAG